UUGGAACCCCUUACCAAGAUACUGAGCAUGCUUUUGGCAAGAACCGCUAGUCAAGUCCGUAUGAUUUGGCAGGCUCAUUGGCCAAAAGCAACAUGGAGCAGAAGUUUUGCCUGAAGACAGAGGAAGGAGACAAAAAAAAUGGUCUGCAGUGGCCAAGAGGUCAAUAUUGUAUUCUGAAGAAAGGAGAAUGUGCUGAGGGUUUCCGGCAAGGACACAUCAGAUGGGAUGACGAAAACAGUAACAACAAGGACAGACCCUCCGGUGCGCUUCCAGCCGGCAUGUAUGACAGGAACACCCACAUCCAGCAUUGCUGCGGCUCGGAUGGUCACGCCACCAAUGCCAUAAUUCUUCCUACGGACUCCCCCUUCGUGCUGCUGAAGUCCAACACGCAUCAGUGUCAGCAUGUCCGAGGAAUGCGAGCACGAGGUGAAUACUUCCAAUGGGAUUUAUUCCCUACUACAUAUAUUGUGGUGUCGUCAGCAUACAUAUAG